AGUGAUUCUACCUAAAUGGUAUUGAAAGAACCAUAAACUUUUUUGGAAGGUUACACUUCCUGGCCACAUCCAAUUCUGCAGGUGGCACUAGAUGCCUUGAACAGCCUGAAGCAAUUCCAUUAUACUUGCAAACAGAGAUACACAUAUUGUGCUCAGUAAAUGAGUUUAUGCAGGCAGACGACUAGCUGCUCUAUUAGCAGUCAGCAUGCAUUGGCUGGAGCUCUGAGAGUAAGCUGCUCUGGCUGCCAGCUGGCUUGAGAUGAUGGGACCUCUUUGCUCUUGAGCAGUUAACCAAGGAAUUUGCCUACAGGGAAACCUGGGGCUGCCUGAAGCUCUGCUAGUCGUCAGGCUCACAUGAUCUAGUGAGCCACAUUGCUAUUUCCACACCAGUCACUUACUGCUGAAAAUAUUUUUGUGGGGAAAUUUGCUAAAAAUGUCACAGCAAACCUAGAGGGCACCUCAGGAGGGUGCUGGGGCCAGUUGCUUAACUUAACUUUGGUACACGGGAGUGGGACAGUGCUGGGCUCCAACCACUGCUUGGUGCUGGCUUGUUAUGCACCAAGCUCCAGAGCAGCAAUGCUGGGCCUGCUGAUAAGCAAUGCUACAUGUUAAUAGUGGCUCUGAAUAAACAAGCUGUUUUACAUUUGGAAGAGGGGCGAAAGAAGACCCUUGGAAGUUCUGUGGGAAUGUUCCUGGCUAGGAAUCAGCUCAGAAAGGUCAAUUUUGGGGAGCCAGUAAAAGUGUAAACAAGGCUGAGCUCUGAAGUGGGGCUGGAUUGCUUACAGAUCUGCUCAGGGGAGGGGGGCUUUCUCAUGCACUCAGGCUGCUCUUGGCAGAGCUGGAGUCGUCUUGUGUAUACAGCUCACUACUGCAGGCUGAGAGCCUUCUGUCUCUGCAGCAGAUGGCUGGGCCUCCUGUUGUGUGGUGCAAAGCACUGCUGAGCAGAGAUCAGCGUCUUGGCCGGAAGAUGACAGCUGCAGCAGGCACUUCCAGGUGUGAGAUGGGCUGACCUGACAGGAGCUUGGUAGAAGGUUAAGCUGCAACAGUGCAGAACGAAUGUUCUGUGACUCUUGAAGUGGGAUAGGAAUUCUUCCUGACAUGUUCCAUGGCUGUAUUGUCUGGGCAGGCCACAUCAAAAGCAGCACAAAAUGCUCAAAAUCACCAAAGCGUGAUGAUAACAAGGAUGGAGGAGCAGUUGUUGGAGCCCUUGGCUGAUCUGAAAGAUUUAUCUCACAGUCAAUGACCUGUUUCAGGCCUUUAAUGGCCAUAGCAGCUGUGUGGCAGUGGUACUGUUGUUCUGAAGCUGUUCAGUAGAAGCCUGCUGUCGCAUAACAGCUGCUUGCAGGUUUGAAGCAGGACCACAGUCGCCAUGCAGCUUGUUUGCAUCACCAGGAACACCAGCAGCACUUCAGUCCUCGGAAGGUCACUCGUGGCAUCCGUGUGCUGCUGGUCUUCUCCUGGCCUGGCUGUGCUCCACGCUGCGAUCGUGCUGGGAAGCACAGCUCAUACUGCUCCCUUGCAGGUCAGCUGAUGCAACUACAGGAAAGUGACUUAGUUCUGAGUGUACUUGGCACCAUCGUACACAAGCAGCUGGCUCCCCUCGCUCGGUGAUUGCAUUUGUGUCCUAUCCCUGGCAUGCUGGUGUGUAUGCGAGGACUUGCUGCUGGAAGUUCUGAGCUCCUGUGGAGGGCCGUCCAUGCUGAGCAGCAGGUUUGACCCCUUGGAUGGGCACAUCAACAGGUGGGCGGUAAGACGAGACAUCAACCUCUGCCCAAAAGUGGGAGGCUCCGGCCUGGGCAGCUCGAUUACCAAGUAUCAGAGUAAGCAGCAUGAGCUCCACGUCCCCAAAAUAGCCCCUAGAGCCUAUAUAACACCAUGCCCCCAGAAAACCGUCAGUCCUGGGUCCAGACUGGCCGUUGCCACCUCCUGCAGGCUCAGCAGGCUGCUGACAGCAGGCCCAGCGGGGCCGGGCUCCAUCACACCUCCCAGCAGAGAAGGGCCUGAGAAGGAGAGGAAGAAAGUGGUGCUCUGAGGGCAGCACGGGCUGAGUGCUGCCCACACGGCUGUCGUGCAGCCUCCACAUUCCUGCACAGCAUCCCGGGGCUGCGGGCAGCAUGAAGGACUAUUUCCCAGUCUCAAUGCACCGGUACAGUCGGUAUCGCCAGAGACUGAGAGCUUCACGGACGGUGCACUUCCCCAACGACGUCGUCUUUCAGGACCACAUCAGGCAGGGGGACCUGGAGCAGGUGGGCAGGUUCAUACGUGCCAGGAAAGUGACUCUGGACACCAUCUACCCCUCUGGCAUGGCCGCCCUGCACCAAGCGGUGCUCACGGGGAACCUGGACUGCGUCAAGCUGCUGGUGAAGUACGGCGCCGACAUCCACCAGAGGGACGAGAACGGCUGGACGCCCCUGCACAUGGCCUGCAGCGACGGCCACGCCGACAUCGCCAGGUACCUCCUGUCGCUGGGGGCCAGCCUGGAGGCGACCACGGACGACGGGGAGAAGCCGUCGGACCUCAUCGACCCCGAAUACAAGGACCUGGUGGAGCUUUUCCAGGCCGCCACGAUGGACUGAGGGGGACGGGCGUCACGGCCGGGCAGCGGGGCUGCGCGGGGCUCGGGCUGGGUCCGGGCGGGGC